AUGUCUCCCGCAAACGGUUCAGGUGAUCAAUCUCGUGACUAUCAAGAUGAUAGAAAGGCAAAGUCUCAAGAUGUCGUUUAUACGACCUCCAACGGCGUACCAAUGCCACACGCAUACGAGACUCAACGCGUAGGUGAGAGUGGUCCAUUACUCCUUCAAGAUUUCCACCUCAUCGACCUCAUCUCACAUUUCGACCGCGAGAGAAUCCCAGAGCGUGUUGUGCACGCCAAGGGUGGUGGAGCUCACGGCACAUACAAGACUACACACGGGUUGGAUGACUUAUGUUUGGCAGACAUGUUUCAAGAGGGCAAGGAGUGCCCCAUCACGGUCAGAUUUUCGACAGUCGGUGGCGAAUCUGGUUCGCCAGAUUGUGCUCGGGAUCCUCGAGGAUUCUGUGUCAAGUUCAAGACGGAUGAGGGGAACUGGGAUUUGGUUGCCAAUAACACACCCGUAUUCUUCUUGAGAGAUCCGGCCAAGUUCCCAUAUUUCAUUCACACUCAGAAGCGUGAUCCUUCAACACAUCUUACACAUGCUGAUGAUUCAACAAUGUUCUGGGAUUAUCUGUCUCAGAAUCCCGAAUCUGUCCAUCAAGUCAUGAUCCUCAUGGGCGAUCGUGGUAUUCCAGAUGGUUGGCGUCACAUGCAUGGAUAUUUUGGACAUACUAUGAAGAUUGUCAACAAGGCAGGUGACUGGGUAUACUGUCAAUUCCACAUGAUAUCUCAGCAAGGAACCAAGUUCUUCACUCAAGAAGAGGCUGCCGAAAAGUCACCAGACUACUCGCAGAAGGAUCUUUAUGAAGCUAUUGAGAAAGGAGAGUUCCCUAAGUGGAGUCUUGAAGUUCAAACCAUGACAGCCAAAGAAGCCGAGGACUUGUGGGAGAAAGAGAAGAUCAACGUUCUCGAUCUGACCCACGUCUGGCCACACAAGCAAUUCCCACUUCGCAAGAUCGGAGAACUCACUCUCAACGAGAACGUCGCCAACUAUUUUGCCGAAAUCGAACAAAUAGCCUUCAACCCUGCCCAUCUAACGCCCACCGCCACCGCGUCGGCGUAA